AGCAUCAACAAGAUGCUGCUAAUAUCGUUAGCCUUGUGUGAUAUGUGCUUUGGUUUUCUAAUAAUGCCAUUAAGCGUACUCCAAAUCAUGCACAACGGACUCUGGCCAUUCGGCCGUCCGCUUUGCUACGUUAUGAAUACAAUGGAUCUAUCCCUGGGUGGUGUUUCGAUCCUGCACGUGCUGUGCCUUGCCCUGGACAGGUAUCUGGCCAUACGCAUCCCUCUGAGACACAGGCUGCUGACAUGCAAAACAGGAUUGAUGACGAUAGCCUUCUGUUGGGCAUUCCCCGUCUUGUUUUCGACAUCUCUCAUGGGCUAUCUCACUUCCCUCUGGAACAACGACAGGACAACAACUCUACAAGACGUGUAUCAGCUGUGUUUCAUACCUGGUUUCAACCCUAAUUUAACGACAACUCUACUGACUCUGUUUCUUUUACUCUACACCGCAACGUUUCUGGUAGUGAUGCUCACAAUGCUGGAGCUGAGAAGUUUUUUAAAGAAAAAGUUCAAGCCUACGUUUCACUCGCGUGUGUGUCACGCGAUUAGAGAUGCACGUGCUAUCUCUAUUUGUAAACUUUCGGUUGUAGCUAUAUUAAAAAGCGCCACUAACCGUGACGGAAAUGAUGGCUCGGAUUUGAAGUCAGGAAGUUCAUCCCGGCAGAACGUCAGUGGACAGAUGACUCCGGCAGUGAUACCAAGUGAAGGAACACCAACAUUUCAGAAUCUGGCAUCGGCAGCCGGCCCGGCCGUCAGACGAGUGAACAGUAAAGCCAUCUUGACAAUGUUUUCAAUAUUCGCGUGCUUCACCGUCUGCUACGUGCCGUAUCACCUGUUCCUGAUGUUCCCCGACAACUUGCAUUCCCACAAGUUAGAGUUUUCGGCCGUAAGUGUAUUGUGGCUGAGCUACCUCAACUCGGCCAUCAACCCGGCGCUGUACUGCUUAAAUAGAUCUGCCAGGAAAGCUCUCGUCGAGCUGCUGUGUUACAGACAGCGCGGCGGGAAGGAAAAGCUGCGUACGGGGCUAAGCUGA